GGCAUGCACUUGUCUCGAGUCUUCAGUGUCACGCUACUAUACAAAGAUCCUCCUUAUACGGAGAACGGAAUGUCUCGACUCCCGAGUGACGGCUUGGAUCACUUGAGUCUUGGUCUCCAAAUACUACAUUUAGCCACAUGCACCCUACAUCAGCGACCAGCCGCGGGGGAAACGUGGGCCUAUCCCCAGAAUCAGCACAGCGUAGGCUGCGUAGCAAUGGAACCAGUGACACCAGAAGGAAGAGACAGAUCCUUGGAAACGGAGGUAUAAGAGAAGGUCUACCUGUGCUCUGUGCUGUGCUGUAUUUUUACUGUACUUUCAAUGUUGCUUUCUCCAUAUUCUCUUCCACAUCAGUUUUCAAGUUUUAUUACAUGGCGACAGCGAUUAUCCUCAACUGUAAAGGCAUUCAUACAUACGCAGUAUGGUAAUCGUAAUUGGGUGGUAAAGUCUGGCGUGUGGGUGUCUGGUGUGGGUGGGUGGGAGUAGGCUGUGCAGGGGAGAUGGAGGGCCGAGG